UGUGUAUCUCUGUGCGUGUGUGCAUGCGUGUGUGUGUUUCAGCUAUAAUUGAUUGCUUUUCACCUUAAGGUUUUACUGGAUUCAUGUGAAUCAAGGGCAUCCCCUACCUCUUCAAGUCAAUAUAUGCAUUUGGCAAAUGGGAAUAUUAACACACUGCUCUUAGCCAUGCUUUGUAAAGACAAUUAUCUGUUUUGGAAGGGGGUUUUAAAAAUGCUUUGUGAUAUCCUAAAUAUGGAGGCAAGCAAUAUGAAGUUAAAAGGUUUUGAGACUGAGGUCUUAAGCACUGUUGAGAGCUUGGGUGAGAAACUUGUGCGGUAAGUGUGCACAGGAAGUGUGAGGCCCACUGUGUGCCCUGAUGUGAGGAGGGAGAUGGAAUGAUCUCAGGGGGCACCGUGUUGAAUAUUAAAUCUAAGUUAACCUGCUUCCUCCUGAUAUUAAGCAGCCAGGCCUAUUCUUCAGUCCUUAUUAGUCAUAACACUUCCAUGGAGGUUUCCUAUGAGUGUAGCUUACAGUGACCGGCCCUGUGCAAAAGCACUGAGCUAAUUUAUAUUAAAACUGAGAGUAGGUAAACUGUAAUUUGUUUUCUGUACAGAUGACAUCCAGUGGAAAGGGCAAGACUGGAUGAUAGGAUGGUGGUGGCUGAGAUCUUACUUAUUGCUAUCUAGAAAAUAAUAAAGCUGAUGUUUUUCUAGUGUUAGAAUUUCUAUAUUUGCAAUUUAGUAUGUGCUUGAUUGGAAGUAUUGGUAUAACCCAAAUAUACAUUUUUUGGUAUAACUCAGAUUAGCAGUGACAUUUAAUGCUUUAUUUAUAUCUUCCUUCCAUCUGAUACUGAAUCAUCCUCCUUUUGAGAUCUCUCACUGUCUUCUUUAAUUUUGUCCUAACUGGUAAAAGGUUGGAAUCUGACAACUCCAGGAGUUGCCUCUGCUGCAGUGCUUGUGAUCUGAAGUGUGGAACGGCAAUGCCUUGCUCCCUUGGUGUCCCUGGGAGUAGUUGUGCACCCUGGUCACUGAGCCCAUCACUGUGGGCACCGGGCACUCUCUGGGACAGGCCCCUCCUCACAGUCUCCUCUUCAGUCCAGCUCAGAAUGUUCACAGGGGUAGGGGCCUGCCAGCUGCAAUGGGGAUGGGGGAAAAGGGUCAGAUUCCUUAACUGUCCUCACUCCCUGUCCUGGCAGAUCUGGUAUGCCGUUUAAGCAUUCCUGCGGUAUUAGCCUCUAUUAUUUUUCUCACAUGGUUUACUUUAUACUUGAUUCUAGUCAUUUGACUAUUUUCAAAGACAGCAUGGAGAUAUAGGAAAAUAACUUAAUUUGAAGAUUAGAAUUCUGCUAUUUUUACAGUGCAAUCUCCUUAGCUUUGGAAUUGAUUUCUUUUGGUUGCCGUUGGUCUUUGUAAAGGGUGUGACAUUGCUUAGGAUUUAUGUACAAUUUUGCUUCAAUAUUGUAUUCACUUAGUAAACUUUUUCAAGGGUACUUAAACUAUUUGGUGUAAAUUUAGAAUAAAGCAGUUGUCCAUCUUGAAAUGUUUAUUUUCCCUUUCUGGUAUUAUGUCAUACAGGGUUUUACAGAGUUUUAAUAAAUGCCCUCUAAUUAGUCUGAAAAGUGUUUUCUUUUGCUUCAUAACAUUGUGGCUUCUCAUUAAAUGAGAGUGACAGUUUAAGGGCAAGUUAUUUAAGUUAUGAUAGAUUUCACCUUACUAAAUAAUUCGCAACAUUUCUCUGACUUGUGGUGUAUACUUGUAUAGUUUUAUUUCAGAUGAGUUGAGAAGAAUUCUUGACAUGGUACGAAAAGGUAUUAUCUCCAAGGCAGUUUUUUUUAAAUCCAAAGUAAGAAAAAAAAGUGUCCAUGAUCCACACUAUAUUUAUUUAUUUGAAGGAGAAGUUGUUUUCUAAGUCACCUUGCACCGUGAACUGAAAUUUGGUGAAAUUUGGGUGUCAGCCCUUGUUUGCACGUCCAUCCAAAACAGAGGUAAGUUUUUGCAGGAAUGUCAGGUGACUGUGGGACAGACCCAAACAAGAAUGAAACCGGAGGCUUUGCAUUAAAACAAAUACUCACUUAGACCAUAUGGGCUUUGCUUUUCUUUUGGCAUCAUAAAGUUUCAGUAAAUAUGGGCUCUGGUAUUAUAUUUCACAUAAAAUGGAUGUGCUAAAUUUAUGGUAAUUAAAUCAUAUAUGUAAUAUUCAUUACUCAGCUGUGAUUGAACUUGAUGUUAGAUUCUUUGUCUAAAUUUCAGAUUGGCCUGAAAUGUCUUAGUGGUGAGAAGGUAAGAAGGGCUUGAUAACUGCAUGACAUUGAACAGGGCUAACCAAAAGGGUGGGUUGUUUCUCUCUCUUGUGUUAAUAUGAACACAGUGGUGGCUUCAGCUGUCAAACAAGUUUUAUGUUUUCCUUGUCUGGUCUUGUUGACCUGCUAUUUAUUUUAGUCUUUUGAUAAACAGGAAGAUCUGCUCCAGUAGUUGGAGGGAAUGUUUUAAGGAACAUUUAAACAAAUGUGAGAAAUGAGAAUUUUAUCCAGAAAGUAUUUAACUUGAGGGAAAAAAAAAAAAAAAAAGGUUGGGGGAGAAUAUAGUUCCAAGAUAAUCACAUAAUCCUUAAAAUUUUAGAAUUAAAAAAAUUUGAUUGGGGUCUUUUAGACUACAUUUUUCUCUUCAAAUCUCAAAUUGUAAGUUCACAUUUGCUGCUUCUGUUGGUGACAUAUUACCUUGUUUUUUUUUUUUUAAUGUUUAUUUUUAUUUUUGAGAGAGUGAGUCAGGGAGAGGCAGAGAGAGAUGGGGACAGAGGAUCCAAAGCAGGCUCUGCGCUGACAGCACCGAGCCUUAUGUGGGGCUCCAACUCACGAACCGCGAGAUCACAACUGAGCCACCCAGGUGCCCCCAUAUUACCUCGUUUUAAUAGUUGUUUAGUACACGGCACUUGAGAUGCCAUUAAGGUUGGGCCUUGAGCUAGCGAUCUCUGUGCAGGUCUGAAAGUCUCUGCUGUGGCCCAGCCCUGGCAGGGAUGUUGUGUGGCCAGCUCAGCUCAGCAUUUCACUGCCCUGGAGGAAAAGAAUGAAUAAAGUAAAAAGACAAGUGCUGAACAUCGGUGUCAUGUCCAGGCUUCAUCCCCUGUUGUUCAAACAUGCCAUGUGUGUUUUGGCUUUCCUGCCUUUGUCCUAAGAUUUACCCCAAUUGUAAUGAAAUAAUUCCUUCAUGAAGUGUUCUUUGUCUUCAGGGUUUUCUGAAUUUUUGUAAUUCCUGUACAACUUGGGUGGCAUUUAAUGUUGAUAAUUGGGUAUUGUCAGUGAACUUUACACGUACCUAUGACUUGCCUCCCCAAAUUGACAUGAAAGUCUUGGAGAACAGGGGCAUUUUCAGACUUGGCUGACCCCCCUUUAUUCUAAAAUACAACCAUUUUCAGACAGAGUGUUAAGUUCUUAACUGACUGGUAGUUUGUGACAUGCCAUCUUGCUGUCUUCAGUUGUUCAAGUGUGUAGUGAGUGCAGAAAUGAUUUCCAUCAUUAGAGGCCUCCAUGUGGAUGUUCUCUCAUAUCCCUGACAAGUCCUGCUGGCAGGACCCUUCCAGCAGUCUGCAUGGGGUCAUGGCUCUGCUACCUGCGGAGCUCUGGUUCCCACGCUGUCCCUGGGCUCUCCACUUUGGGAAGCUGUUUCAGGGGGUUGGGGUCUAUAGAGCUUCAUACUCUACUACUGCAGGGACAUGUGUUUUAUAAACAUGUUUGAUGGAGAAUGUCGUAGGGAAGAUUAGCUGGUUUUAAUUUUAUGAGUUUUCAAGACCAGGUUAUGGUGGUCAUGGGAAUGGUUGUCUCCUUUCCACUAAGGAAAGGAAACCUGCCUGGGUGUGUUGAAUUUUCCUGAUACAGCAUCACAGACAGGUUGAGCAACACAUGAACCUCAGGGAUGAUUCGUCCUUUCAUUUUUACACACAAGGCCUCGGGUGCCCACAAGGAGGAAAUGACUUGUGCGAUGUCCGGCCACUUAGCUCGUAGAGCCAUUUUAUUGCCCUUCUUUGUGGCCACUGAUAGACAGGAUAUGUGCCCGCUAGAUGCCUUUGUCAUCAAAGUCCUGGUUCCUUGUUGCGGCCACUCUAUCUGUGCAUCUUUAAAGUUUCACAAACUGGCUUUGUUCCUGUUUUUUCUUCCCCUCACCCCAGUCGGAUAAGUUUACACUUAACAACUCUCAUUGUUUGAGGUAGUCCAUUUCACACUUUAAUUACUACUUGUGUAAUUAUAUUUUGCCUGAGCUUCCUUAGAACUAAUUUGCUUCUUUGCUUCCUUGCAGGAUUUUUAUCAGAAACUCUACUUUCAAGUAUGCUACAGAAUAGUGAUAGUACAGAUUAGCUGGAUGACACUCCCCACUUCUCCUCGAGGGGCAGGAUCCAAGGCCUCCUCCAGGAGAUGCCUGGACCCUCAGACAGCACCACACCCUGGACACACUAGGUUUUUUCCUGUCCAGGCAUACUUCUGAUAAAGUUUAAUUUGUAAGCUAGGCAUAGUAGGAGUUCAUAGCAAUAACCAAUAAUAGAAUAGAACAAGUAUAAAAAUAUUCUGUGCUAAAAAUUAUGUGGAUGUGGCCUCCCUUUUUCUCAAAUAUCUUAUUGUACCGUCCUCGCCCUUCUUGUGAUGAUGUGAGGUGAGAACGUGUGUGUCGAGAUGAAGGGAGGUAAAUGAUGUAGGCACUGUGAUGUAGCAUUAGGCUAAUCCUAACCUUCUGACAGUACGUCAGGAGGAUCAUCUCUUUUUGGAUUGUGGUUGGUGGCUGGUAACUGAAACUAUGGAAAGGGAAAGCACAGGGGUAGUACUAUAUUUGUGCUUGCUGUUUUCUAAUUUAGUGCUCGGAUUGUGCUGCUUAAUUUUUUUUUCCUUAGAUGGUAUGUAUCACAUGUACCAUAAUUUUUUAGAAGGAACAAAUUGGAGGCACAGGUACCUAAAUUUCAAAUACCUUAUAAAGGAAAACUUUAUAAACUGUAUAAGGACAGAGAACUAAUUGUGCAUUUAAGGAAUGAAGAAAUCGUACGGCAUUACUAUAAUCUUUACAUAUAUUUCAUAAGGUAUCUUGGAGCUGUUAUUUAAAAACUCCCCCAUUUCAAAUGUAUUUGAAAUUGACCAGAUGGGCCCACAUAAAGUCUUGAGUCACAUUAGGGAUUUCCAGGAAAAAUCUAAGUGCCAAAAAUUUUUUAAACAAAUAUGUUAAUAAUGGAAUACAAAUUGAUCUUUGGUUUGAGAUAACCAGUAAUAUAUAUCACUGGAUGUUCUUGGGUGUGAGGAUUGUGUUUAAGAGAGAGUCUCUGUUGUUUCCUAUGCUAGACUAUAGAUCCUAAGAGGAUAGGGAACUUUACUGCUGUAGCUCUUGUACCUAGUUCAGGGCCUGCCAUAUGAUAGAUGCUCCAUAAAUAUUUGAAUGAAUGGAUAAUGUCCACAGAUUCAGUACAGUGAUAAAUUUAUAUAACAUGCGCAUCUUCAAGACAUUGUUGUGAGUACUGUGGAGAGAUAGGAGCAAAAGAUGAAGUGAGAUUAAGGACUGACAUUGCAAAGAGAGAUUAGCCAGGGAUUGAAAGUUGAGUAAGGGUUUCACAAAUGAAGAGAUAGAGAUGGCUUUCCAGGAGGGUACAAACAAGCUAUAACAAGUUUGAGUGACGAGGAGAUCCCAUGGACUGACUAGCUUAUAGCUUGGUGUUUGUGUGUGCGUGCGCGCGCGUGUGUGUAAACAGCCUUUGUCUAUAUUGCUCCCUUCCCUGCUGAAAAUCUUUUCCAAAAGCUGACACACAUUCCUGUCUGCAGGGAUGCUCAUGGUAAUAAGACUCAGGAGCACUGUCUUGGGCAAAUCUUUUGAAGAUAUCAUCAUAGAUGCCUCCUUUGACUGAUGAUAGGAGUAUUCUGGGAGGAGAAGGAAGCCCCACCUCUGGCAUCAGUAGUCCUGAGGAGACAUUGGGAACAGGCCCCUCCACCCUCCUGAGUGGCUGUGGUCUGAUCCCCACUCUGAGCACUGUGGUCUGGUGUCCAUGGCCUUGGAGCCAUACUUGUGUUGGGAUGUUGUGGUGCUGUGCAACUCUGACCCAGACCCCAUGCAGUGUGGGGUGUGCUGGCCUUGAGUAUAGGGGUCCCAGGGUACAGCUGGAUAACUGUUUGCCAGGCCCCCGAAGGAGAUUGGAGGAUCCAAACUACUGGAUACAGGUGCACAGACUUGAACAUGGAGAUGGAGGAAUACUAGACCUUGAUGACACCCUCUGUGAUGUAGCAGAUGAUAAAGACAGACUGGUGGCAGUGUUUGAUGAGCAAGAUCCACAUCAUGGAGGUGAUGGCACCAGUGCCAGCUCCACGGGCACCCAGAGUCCAGAGGUAUUUGGCAGUGAGCUGGGCACCAGCAGUGUCUCCGCCUUUCAGCCUUACCAAGCGACAAGCGAGAUUGAAGUGACACCUUCAGUCCUUCGUGCAAAUAUGCCUCUUCAUGUCCGACGAAGCAGUGACCCAGCUUUAAUUGGCCUUUCAACUUCCAUUAGUGAUAAUAAUUUUUCUUCUGAAGAGCCUUCGCGGAAAAACCCCACACGCUGGUCAACAACAGCUGGCUUCCUUAAGCAAAACACAGCUGCUAGCCCUAAAACCUGUGACAGGAAGAAAGAUGAAAACUACAGAAGCCUUCCACGGGAUACUAGUAACUGGUCGCACCAAUUUCAGAGAGACAAUGCUCGGUCAUCUCUGAGUGCCAGUCACCCAAUGGUGGACAAGUGGCUGGAGAAGCAAGAACAGGAUGAGGAUGGGACAGAAGAAGACAACAGUCGUGUUGAACCUGUUGGACAUGCUGAUACCGGUUUGGAGAAUAUACCCAGCUUUUCUCUGGAUGAUAUGGUAAAGCUCGUACAAGUCCCCAACGAUGGAGGGCCUCUGGGAAUCCAUGUAGUGCCUUUCAGUGCUCGAGGCGGCAGAACCCUGGGGUUAUUAGUAAAACGAUUGGAGAAAGGUGGUAAAGCUGAACAAGAAAACCUUUUUCAUGAGAAUGAUUGCAUUGUCAGGAUUAAUGAUGGCGACCUUCGAAAUAGAAGAUUUGAACAAGCACAACAUAUGUUUCGCCAAGCCAUGCGUACCCCCAUCAUUUGGUUCCAUGUGGUUCCUGCAGCAAAUAAAGAGCAGUAUGAACAACUAUCCCAAAGUGAGAAGAACAAUUACUAUUCAAGCCGCUUUAGUCCGGACAGCCAGUAUAUCGAGAACAGGAGUGCGAACAGUGCAGGCCUUCAGGCCCUGCAGAGAACACCCCGACUGAACCACCCGCCCGAGCAGAUAGACCCUCAUCCCAGACUACUACCUCAGAGCACACACCCCUCCGGAAAACCGCCCUCAGCUCCAGCUCCGGCAACCCAAAAUAUAUUUAGUACCAAUGUAAGCAGUGGUUACAACACCAAAAAAAUAGGCAAGAGGCUUAACAUCCAGCUGAAGAAAGGUACAGAAGGUUUGGGAUUCAGCAUCACUUCCCGAGAUGUAACAAUAGGUGGCUCAGCUCCAAUUUAUGUGAAAAACAUCCUCCCCAGGGGGGCCGCCAUCCAGGACGGCAGACUCAAGGCAGGAGAUAGACUUAUAGAGGUAAAUGGAGUCGAUUUAGCAGGCAAAUCCCAAGAGGAAGUUGUUUCCCUGUUGAGAAGCACCAAGAUGGAAGGGACCGUGAGCCUUCUGGUCUUUCGCCAAGAAGAUGCCUUCCACCCAAGGGAACUGAAUGCAGAGCCAAGCCAGAUGCAGAUUCCAAAAGAAACGAAAGCAGAAGAUGAGGAUAUUGUUCUCACACCUGAUGGCACCAGGGAAUUUCUGACGUUUGAAGUUCCACUUAAUGAUUCAGGAUCAGCGGGUCUUGGUGUCAGUGUCAAAGGUAACCGGUCCAAAGAGAACCAUGCAGAUUUGGGAAUCUUCGUCAAGUCCAUUAUUAAUGGAGGAGCAGCAUCUAAAGAUGGAAGGCUUCGGGUGAAUGAUCAACUGAUAGCAGUGAAUGGAGAAUCCCUGUUGGGCAAGACAAACCAAGAUGCCAUGGAAACCCUCCGAAGGUCUAUGUCCACUGAAGGGAACAAGCGAGGAAUGAUCCAGCUCAUUGUUGCAAGGCGAAUAAGCAAGUGCAAUGAGCUGAAGUCACCUGGGAGCCCCUCUGGACCUGAGCUGCCCAUUGAAACAGUAUUGGAUGAUCGAGAACGAAGAAUCUCCCAUUCCCUCUACAGUGGGAUUGAGGGGCUUGAUGAAUCACCCACGAGAAAUGCUGCACUCAGUAGGAUAAUGGGUGAGUCAGGUAAAUACCAGCUGUCCCCCACAGUGAACAUGCCCCAAGAUGACACUGUCAUUAUAGAAGAUGACAGGUUGCCAGUGCUUCCUCCACAUCUCUCUGACCAGUCAUCUUCCAGCUCCCAUGAUGACGUGGGGUUUGUGACCACAGACGCUGGCGCAUGGGCUAAGGCUGCAAUCAGUGAUUCAGCAGACUGCUCUUUGAGUCCAGAUGUUGAUCCAGUUCUUGCUUUUCAACGAGAAGGAUUUGGACGCCAGAGUAUGUCAGAAAAACGCACAAAGCAAUUUUCAGAUGCCAGUCAAUUGGAUUUCGUUAAAACGCGAAAAUCAAAAAGCAUGGAUUUAGGUAUAGCUGACGAGACUAAACUCAAUACAGUGGAUGACCAGAAAGCAGGUUCCCCCAGCAGAGAUGUAGGACCGUCCCUGGGUCUGAAGAAGUCAAGCUCACUAGAGAGUCUGCAGACAGCAGUCGCUGAGGUGACUUUGAAUGGGGAUAUUCCUUUCCACCGCCCACGGCCACGAAUAAUCAGAGGAAGGGGAUGCAAUGAGAGCUUCAGAGCUGCCAUUGACAAGUCUUAUGAUAAACCUGCAGUAGAUGAUGAUGAUGAAGGCAUGGAGACGUUGGAAGAAGACACAGAAGAAAGUUCAAGAUCAGGGAGAGAGUCUGUAUCCACUGCCAGUGAUCAGCCUUCGCAUUCUUUGGAGAGACACAUGAAUGGAAACCAAGAGAAAGGCGAUAAGAUGGAUAGGAGAAAAGAUAAAGCUGGAAAAGAGAAGAAGAAAGAUAGAGACAAGGAUAAAGACAAAAUGAAAGCCAAGAAGGGCAUGCUGAAGGGCUUGGGAGACAUGUUCAGGUUUGGCAAACAUCGAAAAGAUGACAAGAUUGAGAAAACGGGUAAAAUAAAAAUACAGGACUCCCUUACAUCAGAAGAGGAGAGGAUACGAAUGAAGCAGGAGCAGGAGAGGAUUCAAGCCAAAACUCGUGAAUUUAGAGAGCGACAAGCUCGAGAGCGUGACUAUGCUGAAAUCCAAGAUUUUCAUCGGACAUUGGGUUGUACUGAUGAGUUGCUGUAUGGGGGAAUGUCUUCCUACGAAGGCUCGGUGGCUCUCAACACCAGACCCCAGAGCCCAAGAGAAGGGCAUAUGAUGGAUACUCUGUAUGCCCAAGUGAAGAAGCCACGGAAUUCCAAACCUUCGUCUGUAGACAGCAACAGAUCAACUCCUAGCAACCAUGAUCGGAUACAGCGUCUACGGCAAGAAUUUCAGCAAGCAAAGCAGGAUGAAGAUGUAGAAGAUCGGCGACGUACCUAUAGCUUUGAACAACCCUGGCCCAACUCCAGAGCGGCGGCGCAGAGCGGCAGGCACUCGGUGUCGGUGGAGGUGCAGAUGCAGCGCCAGCGGCAGGAGGAGCGCGAGGGGUUCCAGCAGGCCCAGCGCCAGUACAGCUCCCUGCCCCGGCAAAGCAGGAAAAACGCCAGCUCUGUGUCCCAGGAUUCCUGGGAGCAGAACUACCCCCCUGGGGAAGGCUUCCAGAGUGCCAAGGAGAACCCCAGAUACUCCAGCUACCAGGGCUCCAGGAACGGCUAUCUGGGCGGGCACGGCUUCAACGCCAGGGUGAUGCUGGAGACCCAGGAGCUCCUUCGCCAGGAACAGAGGCGGAAAGAGCAACAGAUGAAGAAGCAGCCUCCUCCUCCCGAGGGGCUUAACAACUAUGACUCAUACAAGAAAGUCCAGGACCCCAAUUACACCCCUCCCAAGGGGCCCUUCCGGCAGGACGUGCCCCCCUCCCCUUCUCAGGUCGCUAGGCUGAACAGACUCCAGACUCCUGAGAAAGGGAAACCCUUCUAUUCCUGAACAGGAGAAGAGUGGAGACUUCAUGUCAUGCAAUAAAGGACAUUUUCUUAUGAAGACUUGUAUUUUGGGAGUUUUUUUAAAACCUUGAUGGUACUAUGGAAUUUUUCUGUUUGUUGGUAUCAGUGCCUUUAAGCAGUAUGGGCGAAGAAAUGGAAGGCCUUAAUGUCUUUGCCACUAUGUCUCAAGUGUCUAUUUCAUGGAAGGAUUUCCCACCAUCUGACAAUCAUCUGUUUGAGGCAUUCACAUGCUCUGCACCUCUCUGGAGUACCAGGAAUGUUCACCUCCCCCAUGAGAUGUUCAUGGCUUUAUGUUACAGCCCCCUACAACUUGUGACAAAUUACCUUGAAGUUGAAGGUGAUAUUGAUCCCUCCUUCUCCCCUUUCGGUUUUCUUUGAUGUGAGGCGACAUCCCAAUCUCUGGUGGAUCAAAGUGGGUGACAUACACCAGAAAUUGGGGCUUUAUGGUACUUCACAGCACAGUCAUUUAUGGUACUUUGUAAUCAGUGUGGUUUUCCCUGUUCUCUCCCAGCUCCUUGCAACAGGAAAGUUCCUUCAUCCUAGUAAAGAAGCUAAGCCAUAUCCAACACUGUCUGGUUAUCAUGGGGGUCCUUUUGCAACUGCCUUAUAACUCGACAUUACCAAUAAAGCGAUCAUUGUAGUCUGUGUUUAUAAAUACACUUGUUCGGUCAUGUUCCUGACACGUGUGUUGAGUCAGUGCAGCUCUGUGUGGGGGACGAGGGACAGGGAGUGACUUCUGGUUGGGGAAGAAUGGAGCCUGCCCACCGGCCCUGUGCAUAUCAUGACGUGGGAGGUGGUAGCUAAGAAAAGAAUUCUCCCAGGAUGAGCUUCUGGCCCACAACAUCCCAGUAAUUAUUUUAAUUAGUUUUCGUUUGACAGGUUGGCAGGAAGGGCAUAGAGUGAGACAAAGAUAAAUCAGACGGUCGUUUUGGGAUUCUAAAAACUCAUCGGCUUGCUACAGUUUUUAAAGUCAGUUGGAAAUCACGUUUGUCUAGCACACCCAGAUGCUGUAUCUCUGCCUGGUGAUGCCAUCCAUGCUACUAGAUAAUUCUGCCACAAAACGAAGACAGAUAAGGGGAAAGCUGUUAUAUCACCAAACAGUGGUAACAAAAGAUUGCUCUCAUGUCAAUAUUGUAAUGUGUGUGGGGGUCACAAGGACCUCGAUUGCUCCUGUGUUUUCAGCUGUCCGUCUGAACGUCAUGUGUUGUGAACCAUGGCUGGGUUGCUAAAGUGCCUGCAAAUCCCGAUGUGAAGAAAGCUUGAGAUGAAAGCUCAGCACACCAUGUAUUAACAAAAAAAGAGAAAACAAACAAAAAAAGACAUGUACCGAUAUGCCUUUUUUUUUUUUUACUGGCACAUUGUAUUUUUGUGUCCACUUGUUUUUAGAAAAUAUGUGAAGUGUCCACACGUACCUGUGUCUCUUUUGCAUUUCUGUUAUAUGGUUCUAUGUGUUCAUAAUGUGUGGCAAUGUUUAAAUGGUGUUACCAAUGUAAGCACAGUGACCUUGGAUGACAGCAGCUUUUUCUUACAGCCUUCCUUGAGCUGUGAGAAACAGCUUUCCCUGUACAUAUGAGACUUCUAAUAAAAGGCAUAUUUCUUCCUGUU